CCCAAGUAAAACUAUAUUUGGGCUUCGGCUGAAAACAGAUGAGAAAACAGUCAAAACGAAUAGGAAUUUCAAGAAGAAUCGGCAGAGAUCGAUGAAACUGGUUUGGUGUCCCGAUACAGCCUCAAAGGCUUACAUCGAUACCGUUAAAUCAUGUGAGCUUUUUGAAGAAUCGAGUGUGGCGGAGCUGGUGUCUGCCAUGGCGGCGGGAUGGAAAGCGAAGCUAAUCGUGGAAGCGUGGUCACGAGGUGGAGUAGUAUCUACCAGUAUCGGUCUCGCCGUCGCUAGCCGCCACACGGGUGCACGACACGUGUGCGUGGUGGAAGAUGAACUGUCGAGAUCGGAGUACGUGGAGACGAUGUUGCGUGAGGUAGGGAUGUCGCCGGAAGUUGUUGUGGGAGAGACGAAGGAAGUGAUGGUGGGGAUUUCCGAAGUGGAUUUCUUGGUGGUUGAUUGUCGCCGGAAAGACUUCGCCGGAAUUUUGAGGAUGGCGAGAUUCAGCCACCGGGGUGCGGUGGUGGUGUGCAAACAUGCUAACCCUGCAGGGCCCAGUAUCAAGUGGCGUGGGGUUUUGCCGUCAACGACACGUGUCGCACGGUCGGUGUUUCUUCCAAUAGGGAAGGGUUUGGAUAUUGUACAUGUGGGGAGCAGUAACAGCGGUGGAGGUGACUCGGGCUCCAUCAUGAAAGGCACCGGUCGUUGGAUCAGACACAUCGAUAAGGAAUCUGGGGAAGAGCAUUUGUUCCGGAAAUGAGUAAGAAGGAAU